UGCUGAGAGUUCUCUGGAGAAUGUGAAUCUAACGGCUGGGGGGUCACUGACUGCAAGCACUCCGAGGAUGUUGGCAUACUAUGUUCAAACAACUCGGCUGAGACCAGCAGAACAGCCUCAAGCAAUCGCCGCCCAGCACACAAAGAAAAUCGAGGAGGUUAGAAUAAGCCCAUUUCUCUGCCCGUGCCCAAGGCAAGCCUCCCCCGUCAAAGAGGGCAUUGUUGAAGUGAACACCACGGCAGGUGGCGGCAGGUCUGUGACAAUGAAGGACCAUCGAUAACAGCAGGGUGGUAAUGCGGAAUGAUGGUUUCCUGGAGAAGUUCAACCCAACAACCCAGUUUUACAGGAAACUCUGGAAUAUGAAGAUCAAGGGUCCAAAAUCCAGGUUAAAGAUGUUAAGUCAGAAGAAGAUGUUCUGGAUUCACAAAGUCGCCUGCUCAGGAACAGAACCUCAUCUGGCAAACUGCAAAGUCCAGGUUUCUCCAAAGCCUUUCAAGCCUGCGUGUAGGAAUGGGAUGCACGCCAUAGUGAAGUGUGUGCCUGGACCCAACUCUGGAAUUGGAAGCACAAAUAACUUCAAGAAGGCGUUUAAGACGAUGGAGCCCCUUGUUAGGUUGAGGUCCGGGCCCCAUGCUGGUGAGGGCCGAGUCGAAGUGUUAAAAAACGGAAAAUGGGGCACGGUCUGUGACGAUAAGUGGAAUCUCCUGUCGGCAAGCGUGGUGUGCCGGGAACUCGGUUAUGGAUCCGCUAAAGAAGCCGUUCUAGGAGCCCAGUUGGGACAAGGGUUAGGUCCCAUACACAUGAAUGAGGUGCUCUGCACUGGCCAGGAAAAGUCCAUUACUGAAUGCAAGUUCAAAGAGGCGAGUAUAGCCGGCUGCCAACACGAAGAAGAUGCAGCUGUGAGGUGCCAUGUUGCUGAGAUGGGAUACAGUGACCAGAUACGUUUAGUUGGAGGAAGAUCAACCGAGGAAGGUAAAGUGGAGGUCCAGAUGGUUAUUAGAGGUGUGAAGAAAUGGGGAGCCGUCUGCGGAGAACUGUGGGGCAUUAACGAAGCCAUGGUUGUGUGUCGGCAGCGAGGCAUGGGAUUUGCCAACCAUGCCAUACAAGAGACAUGGUACUGGCAAGGAACACCUGGUGCCGAGGACGUCGUGAUGAGCGGUGUGCGAUGCACUGGCACAGAGAUGUCUAUACGGCAGUGCCGCCAUCAUAGUGUGGUGCACUGCCCUCGAGGCGGGGGGCGCCGUGCCGCUGGAGUUACCUGUACAGAACAUGCGCCUGACCUCAUCUUGAAUGCACGCUUGGUUCAGGAGUCAUCCUACCUGGAAGACCGACCUCUGAGCAUGCUGGAGUGCGCUCAUGAAGAGGAGUGCUUGUCCAAGUCUGCAGAUGACGUGGCCUGGCCCUAUGGAUACCGAAGACUUUUGCGCUUCUCAUCUCAAAUACACAACAUUGGAAGGGCGGAUUUCACUCCUCGAAAUGGGAGACACACAUGGACGUGGCACGAGUGUCACAGGCAUUAUCACAGUAUUGAAGUUUUCACCUAUUACGACCUCCUGACAUUGAAUGGAUCGAAGGUUGCUGAAGGACAUAAAGCUAGUUUUUGCUUGGAGGACAGCAAUUGCGGGAAAGGAAUACAAAAGAGGUAUGAAUGCGCCAACUUCGGUGAGCAAGGAAUAACCGUGGGCUGCUGGGAUACCUAUCGGCACGACAUCGAUUGCCAGUGGGUGGAUAUCACAGACGUUGCUCCUGGGGACUAUAUAUUCCAGGUCAUUUUGAACCCAAAAUUUGAAGUAGCAGAAUCGGAUUUCAGAAACAACGUGAUGAGAUGUCGGUGCAAGUAUGAUGGCCAUCGUAUAUGGAUGCAUAAUUGCCACACAGGUGAUGCAUACAGUGCAGACUUAGAAGAAGAAUUUGAGAACCAGCAAAGACUCACAAACAACCUUGUGUAGACCUGUUUACAAU